GUGACCUCCCGACAUAAAGAAGAAGCCAGCGAAUAUGAAGAUACAGACGACAUUCUGAUUGUAAAACUGCGAAAAGGUCAGGAGUUGAAAGUAAAAGCAUUUGCAAGGAAAGGAUUUGCCAAAGAGCAUGCUAAAUGGAACCCCACUGCUGGAGUGUCCUUCGAAUACGAUCCCGAUAAUUCACUGCGCCACACAACGUUCCCAAAAGCAGAGGAAUGGCCCAAGAGUGAAUUCUCGGAGCUUGAUGAAGACACACAUGAAGCCCCUUUCAAUCCGACGGGAAAAGCCAACAAAUUCUUCUUAAAUGUGGAAGCUUGUGGGUCAUUACGACCAGAAAACAUUGUCUUCUCCGGACUUGGUGUGUUGAAAAAGAAGCUUAGUGACUUACAAACACAGCUCAGUCAUGAAAUUCAAACAGAUGUACUUGCAAUUUAAUGGGACCUAAAAUGUUGUACAAUGACUUUUUCUUGGAUAUAUUUUUAUCCAUGAUGAUCGCAUCAGUGGAGUGAAGAAAGAUAGUAAAGGCUGUGUGUGGUUAUGUGAUAGAGUGUGGGGGUAAUACAUACAGUUAUACUUAUUGUUAUCAUGACCGAGGCCACAUAUCUUUGUAAGGAAUAUCAGUUAAUAAAGAACUACAAAUUAUGGAUAUGUUUGUCAAAAAUGUUGAUCACACAAACAAACUCAAUGGCUAGAUUUCACUCUUUUUCUCUGGGUAUUUACUUUAGGGCCAACCUUGGGAUUUUUUAGAUUAUGAACAAAAUCAUUAUGAUUUUUGUCAAAAACUGACAAAGAUUGUACAGGCAUGAAACGUUAACUGCUAAACACUGUUUGUUGUGUCCGCUGAUAUUGUAUAAGCUUUUACUUCUAAACUUGUACGUUGUGUCAGCUGAUAUUGUAUAAGCUUUUACUUCUAAACUUGUACGUUGUGUCAGCUGAUAUUUGCUGUUUCAAUCUGAGAUACCAGUUAAUCACAUAAAGGGUAAAUGUUUGUCACAUGCGCCAGCUGUCAGUAUGUCACUAUCAUGGCUUCAUAAUUCUACAUCGGGACACACAUCUAAUGUGUACAUUAUAGUUAUUAGUGACCUAUAAAGUAAAUAUAGUAUAACGCCUUAAAGUCCUGGUUCUUCUCAAAAUUAUCUACAGCUUCCAACAACAUGUUUGGUUUGUAGUCGGACUGGUUGUAAAUCAGGCAAUCCUAUUUGUGGAUAGGUGUGUCUUAUUGAUGAAUCUGUGAAACAAGUAAAUGUUACAGACAGCUUGUUCAUAAUAACGCAAUAUUGUAUAUUGUUUCCAUAAACAUCAUAACAUCCAAUGUAGAAGUAAGAACAACAUUAGCCCUGGAUUUUAACUGUUAAUCUAUCUCCUCCAUAUGGAUAUGGACUCGUCUUUAAUUGGACUAGUGUAAUCAGGUAUCCUCUGCAGCGUUCAUGGACAAUCACUUUGUUUACACUGAAUAAUAAUGAUAGGAAUUAGUACAGGACGUAGAAUCUCUUUUUUCUUUUGAUCUUAUUUCGUAAAUUUUUUAUGUCACCUUUCCAAUUUCAUAAUAAGUAGAAAGUGCAUAACUAUGUGUAAAACUGUCAAAAUUACAAAGAAUAAUGUGCAAAAUAAAGAUAGGUCAAUUUAUAUGGAUUGUGUAGAACUGACAAAAUUGCAAUAAUGUGUUAAGUAAAGAUAGGUCAAUUUAUAUGGAUAUUGUGUAAAACUGACAAAAUGACAAAGAGUAAUGUGUAAAAUAAAGAUUUAUAUGGA